UUUCCCUCAUUGGGUCGCCAACAGUCUUCUCUCUUCUCUUGUCAACAGCAUACCGACAGCCUUUCUGACUAACAAAAUCCAAAAUGGUUUUCGAAACAACCGGCAAAUUCCAACUGGUCGUCGGAGAUGACGACAACUACGACAAAAUCAUGGAGGCAGUCGGUGUCCCACCGGAGAAACGCCAAAAGGUGCGCAGUCUGCGGCCCAUUUGCGAAUAUUCCCACGACGGCGACCAGUACAAAGUGUCGGGAUCGGCUGAAGGAUUUCCUGAACGCAGCAAGGAUUUCGUUUUGGAUGUUGAGCAAGAAGAGACAACCAUGGAUGGACGCAAAGUCAAGAGCACUUACAAGCGCAACGGCAAGAGCAUGGUCCAACAUGAAGUUCAGGAAAAUGGAUCGACCAUCGUGUACGAACGUGAGAUCAAGGGAGACGACAUGCAUGUGAAAAUAAGUUACGGCAACCUCGUCGCUAACCGCGUCUUCAAGAGAUUGUAAAUGCGCGUACAAGAACGCUGGAACAUUUAGAAUUUAUAGUUGUCAACAAUUUCAUGUCAACCCGAAAUUCUAGAACAAACGGUUAUAUUGGGAAAUGAAUAAACUCUGAUCGCAUA